UGCAAAAUGUCAUAAUUUUGAGCGCUAUUUUUAAUCAAGUUGUAUUUUUAAUUAAUUUAAACUUCCAAGGAAGUUUUUUUAAUUUUAAUUUAAUCGAUUAUAAUGACAUCAGAACAACAAAUUUGUUAUUUACGAAAUACUGAGAAUGGCCAAAAAAUAGAAUUACCAAAUAACGAAGAAAUACUUUUAGGUCGAAAUAAGUUAACGCAGAUAACAGAUUCCUAUGUUUCGAAAAAUCACGUUUCGUGCACCGCAUGUUUUGAGACUUUUGAAGUCGCUGUAAAAUGGAUUGGUUCUAACAUGUCAGGAAUUAAUGGAUAUGCUUUGAAGAAAGGUGUUACUUACAAAUUAACACAUGGAGAUAGAGUAGAACUUCUCUUAAGAAAAUAUAUAUUUGAAAUAGUAUUUGAACCAUUCAAUUUUAAACUUGAGACAACUCCUGCAAAAGAAAUUAAUAACGAAGAAACUGAUAAUAAAUCAUUAGAUACAGUUAACUCAAAAAAUAAACGAAUAAUAACAGAUAAAGAUGGUAAAAAAAUUAAAAAUGCGUCUAUAUUUGAUGGACCAAAAUCAAAACAAGUUUGUGCGGAAUAUAAUUGGAAACGUUUACAUAAUGGAAUGCUUCAUGUUAUGGAGACGAGAGAUUACCGAUUUACUAAAAAGGUUGCUUCAUUCGAUUUAGAUGGUACAAUAAUUACUACCAAAUCGGGAUUAGUUUUUGCGAAAAAUAUAAGCGAUUGGAAAUUUUUAUAUUCUGAUAUUCCACAAAAAUUACGAAAAUUGCACGAAGAUAAUUAUCAAGUAGUCAUCUUCACAAACCAAGCAGGUAUUGGAAGGGGUACGCUAUUGUUGACAGAUUUUAAAACGAAGUUGCAAAAUAUUGCUGAAAAAUUAUGUGUUCCAAUGAUGGCAUUUGUAUCAACUGGCAAAGGACAAUAUCGUAAACCCAUGAUUGGAAUGUGGGAGGAAUUUCUUUCAAGCAAUGGAGAUAAUCAGAUUGAUAUUGAUCAUUCAUUUUAUGUAGGAGAUGCGGCUGGAAGAGAAGCUAAUUGGAUGCCAAAAGCGAAAAAGGAUCACUCAAUCUCUGAUCGAUUAUUUGCUAAAAAUAUUGGUAUACCAUUUUAUACACCAGAAGAAUAUUUUUUAAAUCAAAAACCAGCUACAUGGAAAGAGCCAAUAUUUGAUCCUACUAAAAUAUCAAAUAACUCUUUAACUGAACCUAAUUCGGAAAAAUUAACAUCAAACAGUUUAGAAAUAUUGAUAUUAGUGGGAUAUCCGGCAUCUGGAAAAAGUUUUAUUUGUAAGGAAUAUUUAAUACCUGCAGGAUAUGUUUGGGUAAAUCGUGAUACAUUAAAGACAUCUGAGAAAUGUUUGCAAUUAGUUGAAAAAUCUUUGAGAGAAGAUAAGAAAGUUGUUGUGGACAAUACUAAUGUCGAUAAAAAGUCAAGACAGCAAUAUAUUGAUAUGGGAAACAAGAUGAAGAUUCCAGUUCGAUGUGCGGUUAUGAAUACAUCAGUACAACAUUGUUUCCAUAAUAACUUAUUCCGACAGCUAACAGAUACUUCGCAUGCUAUAAUUACUCCACAAAUUAUGAAUUCAUUGAAGUCAAAAUAUGAAGAACCUAAAUUGAACGAAGGAUUUAAGUCUAUUUUUAAAGUAAAUUGUAUUCCUAAAUUUAGUGAUGAUAAACUCAAAAAAUUGUACCAAAUGUAUUUAUUAGAUAAAUAA